AUGACAACCCCCCUCCCUCCCCUCCCAGGCAAUUACGCCACAGCCCUUAACCUCAUCGAUGCAGCCCACGCCCAAGACCCCCGGCCCGGCCCCAACGACGUCCCCUACGAGCUGCACUACGCCCAGAAAAUGACUCGCUGGCUGGCCAGGCGGAAAAAGGAUGCGUCGCCCGCCCUGCAGCUGGCCUGUCGAGCGCAGCAUUUUCGACGCUGGGAAAUCCCCCGCUCAACCUACCCCAUGACCCGGCCGGGCUACCUCACCUGGCGGGCAAAACAAAAGUCUGUCGCUGCCACCCAGCUCACCGAGCUCCUGUCCUCAGACGAGAUCCAGCCUGGGCUGGACAAAGAAGAGAUUGAGCGUGUAGCUGCGCUGGUGAGGAAAGAAGACCUCAAAAAUAACGAGGAGACGCAGGUGCUGGAGGACGUGGCCUGCUUGGUGUUUUUGGACGACCAGUUUGAUGAUUUCGAGAGCAAGCCUGAGAUUGACGAGGACAAGAUAAUCAGCAUUCUGCAAAAGACGUGGGGAAAGAUGAGCGAGGAGGGGAGGGGGUUGGCGUUGGGGAUGGAGUUGAGUGAGAGGGCCAAGAUGUUGGUCGGGAGGGCGCUUGCUUAG